UACAGAGAUGGAUGUGCUUGCACUCUCUACUACUAUCAGCGAGUUAUAGCCAUUAGGGAUUUUCUGCCCAGACACGGUAUCAAAAUUAGUAUUUAUGUGUAUCAUUUCUGCAUAUUUUUCUUCAUCUCAGCACAACCGUCUUGUAGUUAUGUAUACCAAACUAAUCUGGCAGCGGAUAAUUUGCCUGUAGAUGAGGAUAACUUGUAGGCUAGUCUACUGCUCAGAUAAGUUAGUUAUUUUAUUACAGUGUAAGUUAACAUCGAUGUACAAUUUUCCAGGACUUUAUUCAUUUGGCUUCAGGACAUGAUUUAGCUUUAUGUAUUACUUAGUGUCUAAUUGUCUCUUGUGUGUAUCAUGUCAUUUAGAGCACACCAGGGACAUCCAGAACAUCCAGCAACCAUACAUCUUGCCAAACAGACCCACCUAGUCUGUCAUCCAGGGGCACACAGCUUUCUGUUGGUACUUUCAGCAAUCAUGUGAGAAGCAGAGGCACACAAACUAUAUCCUGCUCUGUAAGUGUGAGUACAACUACAGAUGAUGCACCUUGGGGACCCUCGACCUCUACGCCAAUCAAGCCAACGCCAGCUAAAAGACCUCGGCUAGCUGAAGGGGAGGAAGAUAACUGGGAAGACUCCACAGUGAUCGCUGAACCACAUGACUCCACAUUUGAUCCUGCUCAAUCCAUGACAGAUGUGUCAGAAUCCUCACAGAUAUUCACCGCCACUACACCUGGCUACACCGAUUCCAAGUACAUCGUUAGCGCGAGAUGCCUACUUGAGCUUUUUGAAAAGUGUCCCAUUUGCAAACGGCCAUCUGAAGUAACACCAUGCAGACGUGGUACAUUCUUGGCCGUUUACCAGAAAUGUCCUCACUGCGGGUUUUACAGAGAGUGGAAAAGUCAGCCUGUCAUUGGGAGCUGCCCCAUCAUCAACCUCCAACUGUCUGCUGCCAUAUAUUUCACGGGCACUUCAUUUUUCCAGUUGCAAAAGGUAUUCAAAGCCAUGCACCUGAAAUCAAUUGGAUAUACCACAUUCAGAAGGCAUGCACGGACUUAUUUGGAGCCAGCAGUGAUCCACAAAUGGCAUCAGUUUCAGGAAGAAGAAUUGCAGUUUCUGAGCCAGAGAAAGGUUAAAAUUGGCGGAGAUAUGAGGGCAGACUCACCAGGUCAUUGCGCAAAGUAUGGCAGCUAUUCCUUGAUUAACCUGGAGAACAACAACAUUAUUGACACACAACUUGUCCAGAGCAAUGAGGUUGGAGGUAGUCACAAUAUGGAGAAGGAGGGUCUGAAAAGAAGCCUUGAACUUCUGGAGUCGAAGGGUGUGGCAGUGGACUACAUUGUCACUGACCGCCAUCCCCAGAUACAAAAGUUUCUUCGGGAUCGCAAUGUGAAGCACUUCUAUGACGUCUGGCACCUUGCAAAGGGUCUGUCUAAGAAAUUGGACAAGGUGUCGAAAGAGAAGGACUGUGACAUUGUGAAGAGGUGGCGGCGUGGCAUCAGCAACCACGUCUACUGGGCAGCAACAUCAUCAUCCACCGGGGCUGAAAAGGUGGCUAAAUGGACCUCAUUGAUAAACCACAUUCAGAACAUACACAGCCACGACAACCCAGCUUUCCCCAAAUGCCUCCACCCUGUUCGCCGAACAAGAGAUCCUAAAAAGUGGUUUCAGCCAGGCACCAAAGCCCUCUAUAAAGUGGAAAAAAUCCUUACCAGCAAGAGGGUCCUGACUGACGUGGAAAAGCUGAGCUCAAAGUACCAGACCUCAACACUGGAAGCCUUCCACAGUGUUAUUUUGCGUUUCACACCAAAAACUGUGGUUUUCCCUUUCAUUGGGAUGUUGUGCAGACUGUACCUGGCAGCCAUGCAUUUUAAUGAGAAUGCUGGCCGUUGCCAAGCGAAGACAAACUCAGGAAGACUGAGGUACAAACUCAGUUUCCCAAAAGCAAAAAAAGGAGCGGCUACGGUGAAAGCAGUAAAAACACAACCAACAUACUGCUAUACCCUCAGCCUGAUGCAUCUCCUCUUUGAAGAGGUAGUCCCUAACCCCCUGCCCUACUUGGAGGAAUGUCAGCAGAUUCCUGUGCCCAGUUCCCUAUCGUCCCAACACGAACGUCCACCCUUAAAAGACGCUAUUGCGGCCCAUGUAUCUCGCUUUAGAGUGGAGGAGGUUUAA